GAGAAAUGGUGACACUGGUGAGGCUUACAUAGGUUGAGUGGGCUAACAACUCCAAUAUGUUCUGAGAUUUUCUGUUAGCAGCAGCAUAUGAAGCGGCUAGUCAGCCACCAACUCCAACUUUCUGUUCCUUGGGCUGAUCCAUACUUUCUCAGAGGAGACUUGUUGACUGAAGAAAUCCUAUAUAUAGAAACCCACUAAGGCACCGUAUUUACCACAUCACAAACACAUAACCAUCUGCUCCACAUUUAGAAGGUUGUUUCCUUGAAGGGAAAAUGAGUCAAUCCAGGAAUUUUCUCAUCAUUCUUUGUGUCCUUGCUCUGGCUCCCCUUAGCCUGUGUGGCAAGGCAGGUCCUGGGGGUUACCUUUAUCCGCAGUUCUAUGACCAAUCUUGCCCCAAGGCUCCAGAGAUAGUGAAGUCGGUGGUGGCCAAGGCCGUCGCGAGAGAGCCUCGCAUGGCCGCCUCGCUCCUCCGCCUGCAUUUCCACGAUUGCUUCGUUAAGGGCUGCGACGCAUCCUUAUUGCUGGACAGCAGUGGGACGAUAACCAGUGAGAAGAGGUCCGUCCCUAACAGGAAAUCAGCCAGAGGCUUUGAAGUACUUGAUGAGAUCAAAUCUGCACUUGAGAAGGAGUGCCCUCACACGGUGUCUUGUGCUGAUCUCUUGGCCUUAGCUGCCAGAGACUCGACUGCUCUUACUGGUGGGCCUAGCUGGGUAGUGCCACUGGGAAGGAGGGACUCAAGAGGGGCAAGCCUGAGCGGCUCUAACAACAACAUUCCUGCUCCAAACAACACUUUCCAGACCAUUCUCACCAAGUUCAAGCUUCAAGGACUUGACAUUGUUGAUCUUGUUGCCCUCUCUGGAAGCCACACAAUUGGAAAUGCAAGAUGCACCACCUUCAGGCAGAGGCUCUACAACCAGACCGGCAAUGGGCAGCCUGACUUCACGCUCGACCAAUCCUACGCCACUCAGCUCCGUGCCCGCUGCCCGCAGUCCGGGGGUGACCAGAAUCUCUUCUUCCUGGACUUCAUCAGCCCGAUAAAGUUCGACAACAGCUACUUUAAGAACCUGCUGGCUCACAAGGGGCUCCUGAGCUCCGACGAAGUCCUCGUGACAAAGAGCCAGGCAUCGCUGGAGCUGGUGAAGCAGUACGCAGCGAACCAAGAGCUCUUCUUCGAGCAGUUCGCCAAGUCCAUGGUCAAGAUGGGCAACAUCUCGCCAUUGACAGGGUCGAGGGGAGAGAUCAGGAAGCAUUGUAGGAAGAUCAAUUCAUACCAGUGAGAAGAAGAAAUUUCCAAUCUGGCAAUUGAAUUUACUUCUUCCGUUUCGGGAAUGAAUCAGUUUAAUAAUCUUAAUUUGUUUGCUUUGUCCUACUCUGUUAUGGCUGUUGUGCACUGGAAUUGCAGAAUCUCAAUUUGUUGUUUUGAAGUCAAUAAUUUUCUUUUA